GACAUGUAUAAAAGUGAGAAGCACACACUGUUCGUCCCAAACCUUCUCUUGUCUACCAUCUCUGCUGUUUCUUAUCCUCCACUUCAAGAACAGCGUGACCAUGGCAGUGUGGCUCCAGGCUGGUGCUCUGUUGUUCCUGUUGGCCGUCUCCAGUGUGAAUGCUAAUGCAGGGGCCACGCAGCACCUGUGUGGAUCCCAUCUGGUCGAUGCCCUCUACCUGGUCUGUGGUCCUACAGGCUUCUUCUACAACCCCAAAAGAGAUGUUGUUGACCCUCUUCUGGGUUUCCUUCCUCCAAAGUCUGCCCAGGAAACUGAGGUGGCCGACUUUGCAUUUAAAGAUCAUGCCGAGCCGAUGAGGAAGAGAGGCAUUGUGGAGCAGUGCUGCCACAAACCCUGCAGUAUAUUUGAACUGCAGAAUUACUGUAACUAAAGAUCCUGCGCAUGUCCCGUGACAACUGCCAAUGACUUGAGCAACCACAGCUCUUGAUUAGUUUUUCAUAGAAAAUAAAACAAAUUAAAAUGAA